UCGACACAUGCAGCCGACUGCCGACUACCUUUAAAUAUUCCCAAUCUUGUCUAGCUGAUCAACAGAGAAAAUGGCCUCCUGCAUUUCUUCUUCCUCCUUCACUGUCAAUGUUAUCGUCGCAUUAGCUCUACUUGUGGUUUUCACGGGGAGCUCCUCUGCUAAACUCUCUACAAGUUUCUACUCUAAAAGGUGUCCCAAGGUCUUCAGCGCGGUGCGGCCUGUUCUCAUAAAUGCCAUUUCAAAGGCACCUCGCCUGGGUGCUUCUCUCCUUCGCCUCCACUUCCAUGACUGUUUUGUCAAUGGUUGUGACGGCUCGGUACUCCUGGAUGACACAGCCACCUUCCAAGGCGAGAAGACAGCACCUCAAAACAACAGAUCCAUCAGGGGUUUCAAGAUUGUCGAUGACAUAAAAACAGCUGUAGAGAAAGUAUGCCCAGGAGUGGUGUCUUGUGCUGAUAUCUUAGCCAUUGCUGCUCGUGACUCUGUUGUAAUUCUUGGCGGGCCUAAUUGGGCUGUCAAAGUGGGAAGAAGAGACUCGAAGACAGCCAGCUUUAAGGAUGCCGGAAAUGACCUCCCUGUUGGCAUAUUUAACUUAUCCGCCCUCAUCAGCAAUUUCCGAAACAAAGGUCUUUCUCCCCAGGAUUUGGUUGCCUUGUCUGGAGCUCACACGAUCGGGCAAGCAAGAUGUAUAACUUUCAGAGACCGCAUAUAUAACGAAACAAACAUCGAUAGUUCAUUUGCCAAGCUCAGACGGAGAACAUGCCCGAGGAAAACCGGCGGCCGCAAGAACCUUGCCCCUUUGGACAUCCAAACGCCUAAUCAUUUUGAUAACAAGUACUUCAAAAACCUCCUCAGCCAAAAGGGUCUUCUGCACUCUGAUCAACAACUGUACAAUGGCGGGUCGACCGAUUCACUGGUUAAAACCUACGUCAACAAUCCUAAGACCUUCAACGAUGACUUUGUCACUGCAAUGAUCAAAAUGGGAGACAUCGAACCCCUCACUGGAUCCAACGGUGAGAUUAGAAAGAAUUGCAGAAGGCGGAACUAAGGUAGAUCGUGUGCAUGAAGUCAUGGAAUAUUUAUUAUAAUUGAAAUAGAGAAAAUAUAUAUGUUCCAUAAAUAAUGGUGGGUAGCAAUAAAAAGUAUUCUCACGUGCACGGAGAUAUACAAUCGUGGACAGUUGUCACUAUAAAUUAUAGAUAAAAAAGAUAAGCCAUUGGAAGGAGCUUUUGAGCUCAUUUGUUUAAAUUUUAAAUAAAUAUGAAUUUUACAUAAUUCAUUAGGAGUCCUCGUAUAGAUGUGUAUUUAUUUUUCAAGUAUUUUAUGAUGUAAUUUUGUAUAUUUUUUAAAGUAUCACAUAAUGAAAUAAUUCAGAGGGUCCUUUUGACUUUAAA